UAGAGAUUCCUCCCUCAGUUUUCAACAAUCUCUUCUACAUAAAAACUGACAAUUGUGACAGGAUUGCCUUAUGUAAAUAUGGACUCUGUGAAUGCUCAUGGCGAUUUUACACCUACAUAGUGAAAAAAGAACUAUCUCAACCAAAGGAACUAGUUGAAGAAAUGGGCUCUUUCAUUGAAUACUUUCUUUGAACCAAUUGUUUGUUUACAAUUUCUUUUUCUCAACACGCGGUGCCAUAGCCGCAGGUCUCGCCUUUAAACAUUUGUAAAUAAUCAAAUUUUAAAUUAAAUCAUCUACGGUUGAAUAGAAUAAAAAUGGCCAACAAAAAUUCAAGCAAACCUAAGCUUUCCAAGGGAAUAUUGGAAAUGAAGUUCAUGCAGCGAACCAAGGAGAAGGUCAACAAAGAAAUUGAGGCCGCCGAGGGACGUGAAAUGUAUUCCAGCGAAAUUACCGAACGCAUGAAGAACAGUAAAUCAAAUUUCAUUACGGAACCCAGUUUUGUGCAUUGCGAAAAUCUCAUUGAGGGCCGUUUAAGUUUUCGUGGUAUGAAUCCGGAAAUCGAAAGACUUUUGGAACUGGAAAAAGCUGAAAAAGAAGCCACGAAACGUCACGAACAGAGCACAGAUGUUUCGAAUGAAGAUAUGGCUAAGUUCUAUCACGAUGCUAAGGCGGCUGGUGCGGGUCGUACAAUGGAAAAUAAAUUCAAUAAAUACAAAAAAGUCAAUGCACAAAAGAGACACAUGAAAGACGUAGAUGCAAAUGAGGCGCAACCAAAUCAAGGUGGUUUUGCGGGGAAAAAGCGAAAAGGAAAAUUUAUGAAACCCAGCGAGGAUGAUAAUUAGUUAGAGAUUAAUAGAAUAUACAUAUAAUUAGUAAUUAGGUAUUAUAACAAAUUGACUGUUUCCUUUAUUAUAGUUUGUUUAUAUUUGAUAUAAUAUAAAUGCUUUGCAAGAAAAACAGAA